CCCACGUGUAGACUUGCGCGGGUAAUAAGGCGGUAGGCCAGUACAAGAGGGAGGAACAGCUGAACCCAGUUGUGUCUCUGACUCUCGUCUAUAGCCAUGGCCAUGGUAAGUCUUGAGGAUAAGAUGGACGGGUACGAGAGACUGGAGAAGAUAGGAGAGGGAACGUAUGGGGUUGUGUAUAAAGCUCGCCAGGCUACUCAUGGUAAUAGAGUUGUGGCAUUAAAGAAAAUACGUUUAGAUGCAGAAUGUGAAGGUGUGCCAUCUACAGCUAUCAGAGAGAUAUCCAUAUUGAAAGAGUUGGAUCAUGUGAACAUUGUGAGCUUACUGGAUGUACUCUAUUGUGACCGUAAGCUCUUUAUGGUGUUCGAGUUUUUGGACUAUGACCUUAAGAAGUACAUGGACAGACAUGCUCCAACUGGUAUACCAACAGCAAGAGCUAAGGAUUAUUUGUAUCAGUUACUGGAAGGUGUGGCAUACUGUCAUGCUCAUCGUGUAUUACACAGAGACUUAAAGCCACAGAACCUGUUGAUCAGUAGUGAUGGUCGUAUUAAACUGGCAGAUUUUGGAUUAGCUCGUGCCUUUGGUGUACCAGUGAGGACAUACACUCAUGAAGUAGUUACACUUUGGUAUAGAUCUCCUGAGUUGUUGUUAGGGUCACAGUAUUACUCUACACCGGUUGAUAUUUGGUCUAUUGGAUGUAUUUUUGCUGAAAUGGUAACCAAGCGUCCACUUUUUCCUGGUGACUCUGAGAUUGAUCAACUGUUCAGGAUAUUCAGAACUCUAGGAACUCCUGAUGAGUCUGUAUGGCCAGGAAUAUCAUCAUUUCCUGAUUAUAAGAGCUCUUUCCCAAAAUGGCCUCGCCAAAAUCUGCAAAGGAUAGUAAAAUCAUUAGAUACUUUAGGUAUCAAUCUGUUAGAACAAAUGCUCUGUUAUGAACCAUGUAAACGGAUCACAGCCAUCAACGGUAUGCGUCAUCCAUUUUUCUCUGAAUAAAGUUUGUUAAAAUACUAAUAACCUUUUAAAUCAUAUUGCUAGCAUUUAUCAUUUUAUUGUAAAGUUGGUGAUGUACAUACUACAUACAUUAUUAGUCUUUAAAAUUUUUCAAGUAUUAAUAAAAA